CUCACUUUUCUUUGUACCUGGACAUUCUAGUGCGGUGCGUUCAGCGGUAGCAGUAAGUAACCUUGGAAGUGCACGAGAUCUUGAGCUAGAAAGAAGAGGUGAAGAUGCUGGAGAAGCUGUGGGACUACGUGGUCGCCGGGCCUCAUCCGGAGACCGGCCUCGAGAAGCUCCGCAAGGCCACCACCUCCCGCCCUCUUGUCAUCAACAAAGAUGAGGACGGAGGAGCUGCUGGUGGGAGCUACAAGCGGACGCAGUCGAUGCCGACGACCCCCACGACGCCGGUGACUCCGUCGUCGUCGUCCAUGACGCCGCGCUCCAACGACAACGUGUGGCGCAGCGUGUUCCACCCGGGGAGCAACCUGGCAACCAAGGGCAUGGGCGCCGAUCUCUUCGACCGCCCGCAGCCCAACUCCCCCACCGUCUACGACUGGCUCUAUAGCGACGAAACAAGGAGCAACCACCGCUAGAUCGGGGCCGUCCGACGGAUGAGAUGGAUGGUAAAGUUUGUGGUGGCCGGUCUCUGUCACUCAUGACAUGUUUGCUAGUCCUUGUGGUUAUCUAAUGUACUACUGCGUUGCUGUCAGAGGCUACGUGUUAAGACGUUGCCGUUUAAUUUGUCCUAUGCGAUGGAGUGAGUACUAGUUACUACUACUUGCCACUUGGUCAGUUCCUCCGACUCAGCUUGGAUGCUAAGUGCUAAGCGACCGACGAGUGACAAGAACCUUGCGUGUGGUGUGUAGCGUUCAUAUGUAAAUACUGCCAGUGUAAGAGCAUUCAGAGUGUGCCUCAUAAUAAUUAAAUAAACAGAAAGGGAGUACUCUUCUUCCCUCCCGUUCCUGCUCU